GGUAAACCCACAAAUCUUUUUAGGAAUACUUCGUACUCAACUUGAAAUUGCCGCUCGUCAUUCAAAUUUCCCGACGUUCUUCAUACUUGAGUCUAAUUUCAUACUAAUUAGCGUCUUCCCACCACUGCAAAUCUUCCAUGGACGCCGACAGGUUGAAUUCACCACAUACCUCAGCUGUUCUAUUUGAAGUUCUGGGCUAUCAGCUGCAAUUUUCUCAGGAUCCAAAUUCUAAGCAUUUAGGGACAACAGUGUGGGAUGCGUCAAUGGUAUUGGUUAAGUAUCUGGAAAAAAAUUGCAGGAAAGGGAGGUUUAGUCCAUCGAAACUAAAAGGCAAACGCGUUAUUGAACUUGGGGCAGGUUGUGGAGUUGCAGGGUUUGGCAUGGCAUUGCUUGGAUGUGAUGUUGUUUCCACCGAUCAAGUUGAGGUCUUGCCUCUUCUGAUGCGAAAUGUUGAUCGUAAUACUUCCAGGAUCAUGCAGAUGAACCCUGAUGCAGAUUCGAUUGGAUCCAUUACGGCUGCAGAGCUCAGCUGGGGUAACGAGGAUCAUACAAGGGCACUUGAUCCACCGUUUGAUUACAUUAUUGGCACUGAUGUUGUGUAUGCAGAACAUCUCUUGGAGCCAUUGCUGCAGACAAUGCUUGCAUUAUCGGGACCAAAAACCAUGAUUCUGAUUGGUUAUGAAAUCCGUUCAACAAAUGUUCAUGAACAGAUGCUUCAGUUAUGGAAGACUCAUUUUGAGGUGAAAAUAGUGCCCAAAUUGAAGAUGGAUAUCAAAUACCAGCAUCCAAGCAUACAACUUUACAUGAUGAGGUUAAAGAUCCCAGAAGGAAAUACAAAUCAUGAUCCCAUAAUCGAAAGUGGUACCAAUGAAAAGACUGAAGACGAUACCAUCAGCAGAGUCGAAGGUGAAGCUGAUAAUGUGUUACCAACAGAAUCCCAUCAGGGAAAUCUCAGCGACUGGGAAGCAAGAAGAUACGGAUCCAUGGCUGCUCGGCUUCUUCGAGACAUCAAGAUAACUUGAUACGCUGCUGCUUCAAACACGGUUUUUUCUUUUCAAACUCUACUAAAUCCAAAAGUGUUUCCACAAUGAAUGCUGCAUUUCAGGUUUUACUCUGAUAUGCAAAUAACAGGAUAAAUCUGGAUUUCCCAC